CUAUCACCCGGCACUUUAGGGAAAACUCUCUUAUCCCCACUAUCAUGCGCCUCUCCCCUUCGAUCACCGCAUCACCCACCAUCACCCCCACCACCUACUCACCCACUUUCCACAAAGAACGGCUUUUCACUAUUCAUUUUUCAAAACGGAACCCUGGCCCCGUCCAACAGACAGGGAUACAGAAAGAGGCGAAGAAGGACUUGUCUAAGAUAUUAAGAACUGAAUUUGCCAUUAAAAACAUUGAGAACAAAGUCAACUCCAAGAAGUACAACAAUUUGUGGCCUAAAGCUGUUUUAGAAGCUCUUGAUGAGGCCAUAAGAGAUAAAAAAUGGGAACUUGCUCUCAAGAUUUUUGGACUUCUUCGCAAGCAGCAUUGGUAUCAGCCAAGAUGCCAAACAUAUACAAAGCUGUUAAUGAUGCUUGGCAAGUGUAAACAACCCAAGGAAGCUAGUUUGUUGUUUGAGGUCAUGCUGUCUGAGGGCCUCAAACCAACUAUUGAUGUUUAUACUGCUCUUGUGAGUGCUUAUGGCCAAAGUGGUCUCAUUGAUGAGGCAUUUUCUACUGUUGAUGAUAUGAAGUCAGUCUCUGACUGCAAACCUGAUGUAUAUACUUAUUCUAUUCUUCUUAACUGUUGCUCUAGAUUUCAUCAAUUUGAUCUCAUUGAAAAAGUUCUUGCCGAGAUGUCUUACUUGGGAAUUGAAUGUAGCAUAGUCACUUACAAUACAAUUAUUGAUGGAUACGGUAAAGCUAAAAUGUUUGAAGAAAUGGAGAGCUCAUUGACUCAAAUGGUUGAAAGCGGCAGUUGUCUCCCGGAUGUUUUCACGUUCAAUUCUGUGAUCUCUGCUUAUGGGAAUAGUGGGCAGAUUGAGAAAAUGGAGAAAUGGUAUGAUGAAUUUCAGCUUAUGGGAGUAAAGGCUGACAUUAAAACGUUUAAUAUCCUAAUUAAAUCAUAUGGAAAAGCAGGCAUGUAUGAGAAAAUGAAGACUGUUAUGGAUUUCAUGCAGAAAAGGUUCUUCCACCCUACAGUUGUUACUUAUAAUACCAUUAUUGAAAUAUUCGGGAAGGCUGGCGAUGUUGAGAAGAUGGAUGAAUAUUUCAGGAAAAUGAAGCAUCUAGGCAUGAAGCCUAAUUCUAUUACUUAUUGCUCUCUUGUUAGUGCUUAUGGUAAAGCUGGGCUCAUAAUGAAAGUUGAUUCAAUUUUGAGGCAGGUAGAGAAUUCUGACGUGAUUUUGGAUACUCCUUUCUUCAAUUGCAUCAUCAGUGCCUAUGGCCAGGCUGGUGACGUAGAAAAGAUGGGCGAGUUGUUUUUGGCAAUGAAAGAGGGGCAUUGCACACCUGACACCAUCACCAUUGCUAGUAUGAUCCAAGCGUACACUGCCCAAGGCAUGACUGAGGCUGCUCAAGAGUUGGAAAAUAAGAUGAUUAGUAUGAAGGACAAUUCAGGUACAAAGUUGAUCGGAUGCUAAUUUGAUCGUUAUAGAAGAAGAGCAAACUUCAUAAUUGGACAAAUGAAACAUCCAGAAUGGUCAGAACCAAGGAAGGUAUUUUGCUGGCUUAUGUCCACUCUCAGAGAUUUAUGUGCUCCCUUUUAACCUCUUUUAAUUGAAGAAGCUGACAGCUUUGAGAGGCCCGAUUUAUAUUUGAACUAAGCUCAUGAAACAUCACCAAGAGCUCAAAAAGACAGCACCUGUUAUACUACGCCCGGAUAUGGAAUAAUGGAAGAACACCAGUAUUCUCUUAUGGUAGAAUCCAAUUCUGGAAUUUGCCUCUGUGCACAAGCAUCAGACUUUUUCACUGGCAAUUGUGUUAAAUCUUGGUCCCAAAUAAUUUGAAAAAGAGAGGAAAAGGAUUGGCAUAUGUAGGUUGCGUACCGCGUAUAGAGUGAUUGUAUAAAAUGAUUUUAUUCGUAAAUGGGAAUAUUUUGUACUAAAGCUUUAUGUAACGAGUUCAGCAAAUGAAGUUAUUUGGUGUAUAUAUUUUUUUAGGUAAUACCACACUUACAAUUCAAUCUCACAAACUAUCUUUUACAAUCCCGACGUAGCAGUUCACAAUUGGUCAACUUGUAAAUAUGUCUUAUCUAUUCGUUGUGGGUCCUGCUUACUUGUUAUGGGUCUAGUCUGUCUAAUUGCAAGCUAUCACGUUGGAGUUGUGAGAAAAAGUUUGUAAGAUUGAGUUAUGAGCCAAU